AUGACUGCUCUCAGCGAUGUAAAAUCGGAAGCGGCUGAUGCCUCCUGUGAUUUACCCAGUCAUUCUCGUGAUGAUCUCGAGAAGAGAUUGGUGAGGAAGAUCGAUCUACGUAUGUCCGUGAUCGUGCUUUUGUAUGCCCUGAGCAAUAUCGACAGAGCGAAUAUUUAUACUGCACGGUUGGCAGGUUUUGAGCAAGACCUGCACCUGGAGGGGAAUCAAUAUGCGACGGUCUUGUCUAUCAUCAAUGUGGGAUCCAUUGUCAUGCAAGUGCCAGCGAAUAUGUUUCUGCACUGGUUAGAGAGACCUGCUACCCUGAUUCCUUGCAGUAUGGUAAUGUGGGGUGUAAUAUCAGUAUUAACAGGGAUCGCACAGAAUUAUAACGAGGUUCUUAUCGCCCGUUUACUCCUCGGUUUUGCCGAAGCACCCUUCUUCCCUGGUACCAUAUUUCUUAUAUCAGGAUGGUACAAGCGAGACGAGCUCGCUAUGAGAGCGACUAUAGUUACUUGUGGAAGCGUGUUCAGCAGUGGGCUCGGAACCCUGUUUGCAUCUGGUAUACUUACAGGCAUGCAAGGAGUACUUGGUCAAGCCUCAUGGAGGCGAGAAACGUGGUUGUUUUACAUUGAAGGCGGCAUCACCGUCAUAGUCGCGAUUUGUGCAAUAUUUAUACUCCCUAAUUUCCCUCACAACACCAAAUGGCUCACUCCGGAGGAAAGAUCAUUGGCUAUCGCUCGCCUUGCAGACGAGGGCUAUGGAAGGAUGGACGGGCCUGGGAGACAGACGACCAUGGAAGGACUGCGGAAUGCUUUGUCCGACUGGAAGGUAUGGUGGUUUACAAUCACACUCAUUAUCGAUCAUAUCGCACGGUCAUACACCAUGUACUUCCCGACGCUCGUCGCGACUAUGGGAUAUGAUAUGACGGUGACUUUGCUGCUCACUACUCCCCCAUCGGUGCUCGGCAUAAUUGGCGCUUUUGCUUUUUCAAGGCUCUCUGAUCGUACGCACAAGCGUUACAAAUACAUUCUUGCAUCGAAUGUAUUCGGUGCCCUUGGAUUCACUGUAUCCAUCUGUACGAUGAGCAUUGUUGCGCGCUAUGCUUCCAUGUUUCUGAUGGCUCUAAGCAACGCCGGACAAAUGGUGCUCUGGGCAUGGAUAAAAAAUACUUUUUCCAGAGAACCUGCAAAGCGAGCUGUUGCUAUCGCUAUGAUUAGUGGAGUGUCCGCGGUGGGGAGCAUCGCCGGAUCGUACAUCUGGCCUCUCAACUGGGGCCCAACAUAUCGUUAUUCCUACACCAUCUGCUUCGUAGCACUUGGGGUAACAACGGCCAUGCUUGGUGUGGUGCAUCUGCAUUUGAAGCGGGUGAAUAAGCAGAUUGAAAGAAAUGAGCAAAAUGCACAGGAUAUCAACGACCUUCAGGACCCUGUUGGUUUUAGAUAUCUGGUGUAG